AUGAAUUUCACGUUUUACUACUAUGACCCAUCAGCUGCUGCUGCCGCGAUUUUCGUUGUAUUGUUUGGGUUGAGUACCCUUCUGCACUUCUAUCAACUUGUGCGAACAAGAACAUGGUUUAUGAUUCCAUUCUUGAUUGGAGGGAUUCUCGAAACUAUUGGUUACGUUGGCCGUUUGCUAUCCUCGCGCGAGUCGCCCAAUUUCACCGAAGGUCCCUAUAUCAUUCAAAGUGCCUUGCUUUUGAUCGCACCCGCAUUUUUCGCUGCGAGCAUAUAUAUGACUCUCGGUCGAAUUAUACUUAUGACUGAUGCAGAGCGAUCAUCUAUGAUCGGAAUAAAAUGGUUGACCAAAAUGUUCGUCACUGGAGAUGUUUUGUCUUUCUUGAUGCAAGCUUCAGGAGCGGGUCUCAUGGUUGCCAAUACAAGUAGCCCGACUACCGGCGAGCACGUUAUCAUCGGUGGUCUCUUCGUGCAGAUCAUCUUCUUUGGCUUUUUCACAAUCACAGCCAUCGUGUUCCAGGUUCGCCUCGGCAAAAACCCCACCGCUCGUUCCGUUGAGUUGGGAGGAAUCUGGCCUCGGCAUAUGACCGCCCUCUAUGUUUCCAGCAUUCUAAUUCUGAUCCGUUCGGUGGUCCGAGUGGUGGAGUAUCUUGAGGGAUACAGCGGGUAUCUGAUGAAACAUGAGGUUUUCAUCUAUGUCUUUGAUGCACUGCUGAUGUUUUGUGUCAUGAUGGUUCUUCAGUACUCACACCCGAGUGAGAUCAAUUGCUUGCUGGGUCGUGGGGAGACGUAUUCGGAGAAGAUUAUCAAGACUCGGAAGUUUGUUUCCACCUCAGUAAUUGAGCUUGGUGAAGACCGCGUAUAG